CGGCGGAAGGGGCGGGCCGGGCCGGGCCGGGCGGGGGCAGCGGCCGCAUGGGCGCCGCGUGGGGCAGCGCGGCGCGGCUCGGCCUCCCGGCGGCGCGGGGGGUCGUGGCGCGGCUGGCGCUGCCGGGCGCCCCCCGCGCGGGCCCGCUGGUGGCGGCGGCGGCGCGGGCGGUGGCGGCGCUGCCGCCGGGGCCGCGCCGCCCUUUGGCCGCCCUCGGCGCGGCGCCUCACUUCCUGCGCGCCGGGGCGGGGCGCGGCCCUUGGCGCUGGCGCUGCGAAGCGGGCGGCCGCGCCGCCGCCGACCUCCGCGGGGAGCAGCCCGCCGCCAUGCCCGCCGCCGGCCCCGCCGCCAGCCCCGCCGAGCCGCAGGCGCCCGCCGCGGAGGAAGCGCCGCGCCGCGGCCGCCGGAGGAAGGCGAAGGAGAAGGAGGAGAGCAAGGAGAAGAAGCUCAAGGGCCGCGGCAAGCUGAAGCGGCGCAGCGCGGCCGAGGACGAGCAGCCGCAGCCGGAGGAGAGCGGCCUGGGCGAGGAUGAGCUGGAGCCGCCUAAGCCCAAAAAGACAAAAAAGAGCAAGGCGAAGCACGGCGGCGAGGCCGGGGGCGACCAGAGCGGCGCGGAGCAUGCGGCGAAGGCGGCUUCUGCCCUGAGCAACGGCGGGGCCCCCCAGAAAGGCCGGAGCGUGCCUGGUGACAGCGACGCGGAGGAGCUGACAGAAGAAGCAAGAGAAGGCGCCUUCUCCAAUUUUCCUCUUUCCCAAAACACCAUCAACCUUCUCAAAGCUCGAGGUGUAAAAUACCUGUUCCCUGUGCAAGUGAAGACUUUUCAGCCCAUAUACGAUGGCAAAGACCUGAUUGCUCAAGCUCGAACAGGAACCGGGAAAACCUUUUCUUUUGCUAUUCCGCUGGUUGAAAAACUUCAGAGCAUCUCACAUGAUGGGAGAAGAGGCCGUGCACCAAAAGUGCUGGUUCUUGUUCCAACCAGGGAACUGGCCAUUCAGGUAGCCAGAGAUUUCCAGAAUCUCACAAGGAAACUUUCAGUGGCUUGCUUCUAUGGAGGAGCACCGUACAAAGCACAGUUUGAUCUCCUCAAAAGUGGCAUUGAUGUUUUAGUGGGAACUCCAGGACGGAUCAAAGACCACAUUCAAAAUAGCAAGCUGGAUCUUUCUACUGUAAAGCAUGUUGUUUUGGAUGAAGUUGAUCACAUGUUGGACAUGGGAUUUGCUGAACAAGUAGAAGAAAUCUUAGGAUUUGCUUAUAAAAAAGGUUCUGAGGACAACCCCCAGACGCUGCUGUUUUCUGCAACUUGUCCACGUUGGGUAUAUGAUGUAGCGAAAAAAUACAUGAAAGAUGAAUAUGAACAAAUUGACCUGGUUGGAAAGAAGACUCAAAGGACUGCCACAACUGUGGAACACUUGGCUAUACAGUGUCGCUGGUCUCAGAGAGCAGCAGUUCUUGGGGAUAUCAUUCAAGUCUACAGUGGCAGCCAUGGGCGGACCAUUGUCUUUUGUGAGACCAAAAAAGAGGCAAAUGAACUGGCUUUGAAUGCUUCGCUCAAACAGGAUGCCCAGUCAUUGCAUGGUGACAUUCCACAGAAACAGAGAGAAAUCACGUUAAAAGGCUUUAGAAAUGGUGCAUUUGAAGUUCUUAUUGCAACAAACGUAGCUGCUCGUGGUUUGGAUAUUCCUGAAGUUGACCUUGUUGUACAGUGUUCACCACCAAAAGAUGUUGAUUCCUACAUCCAUCGUUCUGGACGCACGGGUCGAGCUGGCCGGACUGGGAUUUGUAUUUGUUUCUAUCAGAGAAGAGAAGAAGACCUGCUGAGACAGGUGGAGCGCAAAGCGGGGAUUACGUUUAAGCGUAUAGGUGUUCCUUCUGCCACAGAGAUAAUUAAAGCUUCAAGUAAUGAUGCCAAAAAGUUUUUGGAUUCCGUUCCUCCUUCGGCAGUAGACUACUUCAGACAGUCAGCUCAAGAGCUAAUAGAGGAAAAAGGGGCGAUUGAUGCCCUGGCUGCAGCUCUAGCUCAUAUUUCUGGCGCGUCUUCCAUUCAGCAGCGCUCCUUACUUAACUCAACUGCGGGCUUUGUGACGAUGGUGUUACAGUGCUCAAUAGAGAUGCGUACCAUGAGCUAUGCCUGGCGAGCACUAAAAGAACAGCUUGGCGAGGAAGUAGAUGCUAAAGUAUCCGCAAUCCGUUUCCUCAAGGGGAAGAUGGGUGUGUGCUUCGAUAUCCCUGUUGAUGAACUGAGUCACAUACAGGAACAGUGGCAGAACACCAGACGCUGGCAACUGUCUGUAGCGAAGGAAUUGCCUGAGCUGGAAGAGUACCCGCACGAGGCAGGCCAAGGAUUCUCCAGGUUUGGAAAUGGCAGACAAGGGGACAGCGGCUUCAGGAGGAACAACAGAUUUAAGAACGGAAACCAGGGACAGAAUUUUAACAGAUCAUUUCAUUAACAUCUGACAUAGCUAUGGGACUGAGCCGGUUUUUUAUCAAAAAGUAAAAACCUAUUGGACAUUC